AUGAAAGUGAACAACGAUUCUGCAGAUAAUUUACAAAAUAGGCUGAAAUUGAAUGAAAUAGAGAAAUGGUUUGAUGAGGAGAUGCCCGUCGUUUCAAUAAUCAAUGAAAUCAAUACAUACGACAAGUGUUUGAAUGAAAUAGAAAUGAAUUGUUUGGCAGAACUUCUGAAUGCGACCCAAAAGAUCAGGGAUCCGGUCAGCAAAAUAACAUGUUUGGCCACUAAACAUCCAGAGGUGCGACACACUAUGGCAGUGAAAUGGGAACAGGAGAUCAGACGGCUUGCGCUGAUGUGCAGACAUUUGAGUGCAUUCACCGGUAUCUGCAAUGAGGACCGGAUGUCCCUCUUGAAGACCGGUUACCGCGAGAUAAUAGCUUUGCGUUCACUCAUUGCUUAUAAUACUGAUCAUCGAUACUGGGCUGUAGUUUUGGAUUCAAACAAUACAACUAUCCUUAAAAUGGAAACAUUUAAAAUGAUUGACGAAAAUCUGUUUGAAAUUCAUAAGCAGUUCUUCACAAAAUUUGGCGGCGAAUGGGAUUUUGAUACAAUUAUUUUAGACCUGCCAUCGCACUGUUUACACCACAUCGGCCCGACUUUUAAAGGCCUUAACUUCGGUGCCAUAACCUGUGAAUCGUGCCGAACCUUCUUUAGGAGGAGUGCCACCAGAGCUCAGGAAUAUGUGUGCUUUUUCAAUAACAAGUGUAUAGUAAACCAAUUGACACGAAAAUUCUGUAAAAAGUGUAGAAUCGAGAAAUGCUUUACAAUGGGAAUGAGAAAAUAUUAA